AUGCCAUUGCUUGCAGGAAUAUUUGCUAAACGAGAUAGGCAAUCUGGUGCUCGCAGUGCAACAUCCAAUUUAAACGUCCCAACGACGCCGACUUCUACGGCGUCCAUCUCUAGUGGCACCGUAGUCUCUUCAGAGCCAGAUUAUGUCUUUCCAGACAAGUCUCUAAAGUCUCUUCCGCCCGCAGUUUAUACCGGUCCAGCAACGGCAUCAUCGAGCAAGCUGAAGCUGCCAUUCCGUCGGAGACAUGUACAUCAGCCACAUGUCUCAGGCACCUCCACAAGCGUAUUCUCUCUCAACGAUAGCCCGCCACGCGCACACAUGUCCAGCGUUGUCUCUGAUUCAGGGCACGACCUCCCGCCCUCCCCACCAAAACCGUCCUUCUUUGGAGUAUACCACGACCCCAGCAUUAAUUCCACACUUUCGCUUCCCAAUGAAAACAUGCGCCAUCAAUCUGGCCUGGAUACCCCUUCCGUCAUCGCACGGAAUGAGAUACACAGUGCACCCCCAUCUUCUUCUUCGACGCCACCUAACCCCAAAAAAUCUGGCGGGUUGUUCUCGUGGGCUAGAGAGCGUACUAAAUCGAAACCUGCCCCGCCACCAGCAGCUAUUGCAGCUCCUCCCGCUCCAAGUCCCUCACCGAGGGAGAAUUUUAAUUUGAAAGCUUUUCGCCACGUUCGUUCCGAGUCCCCCACUUCUCUAGCUGAUGUUCCAAAUGCCGAGCUUCCGCUUCCUCCUGCCCGGCCACGGCCGCGCGGAGACAGUAUUGCUUCAGAUUCCUCUCAAAGGAUAUCUGUUGCAGCAUUUCGUGAAGCACAAGCUCGUCGGAGCCGUGCAAAUUCCCCUGUACCUUCAUUCCGACCCCCUUCUUCCCUCGAUACCCUUCGUGUUGAAAAUAUGUCCAGACAGCGAGCUUCUACGGUUUCAACGCCUACCGGAAGUGAACAUCACCUAUCAUUUAAUCGCAAUUCGACUGCGCCCCCGCUGUCCAUCUUGAUUAACCGAACUUCGUCAGCUUUGGACACUAGUACUUCAGAGUCGGAUGAAUCUGACGAAUCUGAUGAAGAAGUGGAUAGUGAUGGCGUGCCUAUCAAGCCUAGUCGCAAACGCACUGUGACUCGUCGCCCUGGUCCGCGCUCGCAGUCCGAUGCGGGGCAUGCACCCACUGCAUCGAACGCUCAGGUUCGACGGCCAGAUCCUCCAAGAUGGUCAAAACCGGACAAUGUACAGCUAAGGCAACCCGACAACAUGGCUGCCGUGCGAGCGAGAGCAUCUGCCUCCACUAGUGCUCUUACACCCAACGCUGCUGCUCGUCGUGCGUCGACUUUAGCUGCUGCAAACGCUUCUGUUGCAUCAUCAGGCAAGUAUACAAAGAAAUCUUCGUCGCCGCCUUUAUCACCAAGACCGGCGAAGGACGACAACUCCGAUACUUCGUCAGAUUCAGAUAAUGAUUCUGAAGACAUGCCUUUGUCCGCGCUCGUUGCACCACGCAGACCGGGAAGUUCUGCAUCCAUAUCCACCAACAGAUCCGCUGUCUCGCGGCCUCGGAUGCCCGCGAAGCCCUUGAUUGAUAUCAAAUCACUCGUAGGAAGUCCUCCGAUGCUCACGCCUGUCCUGAGGCACGAGCAUUCAGUGAAAAAACCGUCUACAAAGGGUAAGGAACGUGAGGUGGAUAGGGACGAGCCCUUUGCUCCUCCCCCUGUUAUCAGCUUGACGCCGAGUCGCAUGGCUGAGAGUCCUGCUCAGGAAACUCCCUGUUCACCUGCUGGACCAACUCCUAAGAUUCCUUCUCCCACUCGCCACAAGAAGUUGAGCAGUGAUGUUGGGUCCAUCCCUCGGCCAUCCUCUUCACCAAUCGAGGUUGAUGAUGAUUUGAGGGACGCCAUCAGACUCGUUACUUCCUUUGAUCGAUCACGAGAUUCCUCACAGUCGCCUACACAACCUUCCCAACAAGUGCCGCCCCUGAACGCCGCUCCACCACCUACUGUCGAACGUUUGUCAAGUGCUGAUGACAAGCCAGAAUCUCCUCGUGACGACCGCAUUGUGCCUACUCCUGUUCGAGAGUAUAAACCACCAGCUUCUUUCAGUGUUACCUCACGCCCUCCGCGUCGAUACACCACUGAUCUCUCUCAGGCAGUAUCACCAGCCUCGCCGACAGCGACGUUAUCCGCCGUCUCCAAAAGAUCUCCUUCUCCACAACGAUCUCCUUCUCCUAUCAAGUCUUCAUUCGCUCCUCGUUCUCGUGCAGGCAUCCUAGCUCAGCAGUCCAAUGUACCAUCAACCGACAAGUCAGAUGCUUCUUCUGUUGUCUCAACUUCUCGAUCCUCACGCUCUUCUCGUGUCCCACCUGUCCCUCUCAUCACCGCUGUACCCGAUUCACCUUCCGUGAAAGCCAGUUGGGGGUCUUCGAAGGAUUUGUACAAGACACGCCCUCCCUCGACGCCAAGUGCGUUGGAUAGCAGAAUGUCUCGGCCACCGUCAGGCACGCUUGUCUCCCUUGUGCCUUCCUCAAGGCCUGGUAUGCCCGCAGCACCACAGUCAUCCAGGUUGCAAUCACAGUCACUCAUGCCCUCCCGCCCCUUCGCCAGUAAUAGUUCUCUACGAGGCCAGAGCCCUGCUGGCAGCUCAACAGGUGACUCCAGCAGUGGUCGUGGUGCGCCGUUCACACCACAUGAUGGUAGUGAUAUCGGGGUGAAUACCGGGCGGAGGGAUGGAAGCGAUGCAGACUCGACGCUCAAGGCGCGCGGGGCGAAUGCGAAGCGGUCAUCUGUGAGCUUUGAGGAUGAUCCACCACGUGGCCGUGAGAGGGUGAAGAAUGACGCUGAUGAGGAGAAGCGGAAUGAGAGGAGACGGAACGAAGCGAAGUCUGCUAUUGAGUUCGGGAAAAUUGUCAAUGGUCGUGGACCCAUGGUGCAUGAUGGUUCUGACGAUGAUCUUGUGUCUCAGCAUGGACAGCGGAUGAGCAUCAAUCCUAUGAUGGGCAUGGAUGGCAUGAUGCCUGGGAUGAAUGCUCCUGCGUGGGGGGCGUGGCAACAGCCCAUGUCGGCGGGUAUGGGACCUAUGAUGGCUUCUCAGUUCAGCCCCGACCAGAGCUUCUUCGUUGCUCACCAGCGCGCGAUGAUGAUCGCGAAGCAAGCAUACCAAAUGGCAGUAGCUCAACAUGCGAUGGCAUUAGCCGGAGACGAGUGGGAACGAGGGUCCAAUAUCGGCGGUGGGUCUGUGUAUGGGGGUGGCGGAGGUAGCGUGUACAGCGGAAUGGGAGGAGGCGGGGGCGGGAUGGGUAUGCUGGGCGUCCCUGGUAUGAUGCCAAACCAGUGGUCCACGGGCUCCGUCAUGUUCCCUGGUCGGAUCAGCAGUACGCAGAGUGAGUUCGGAGGAGGGUCGAGGAGUGUGUACGGGGAGUCGUUUGGCCCAUCAAUGUCCUCCCGUUCGAGCCACGCACCGUCUGGGUACGGCGUCCCGAGCAGUCCCGCGAGUUCCUAUGGAGGAGGUUCGAGACCGCGCGCCAAAACUGGUGCUUCCCAGCCUUCGAACUUGCAGCCACCGAUACCUGGUAGAAAUCCCGGACGAAAAGCUGCUCCCCCAUCGAGCUGGAAGAGUGCCCGAUAA